AUGAGUGAAAAGGCCCGACGAAGGGAGUUGUUUGGAAAGGAAAGGUACAUUUUCUACGACACGAUUAUCCAUGGGCUUGGCCCGGUUGAGACACGAAUGAUAGAAGCCCAAGGACCAGUGUUGGCUUCCUACCAUAUAUCGAACCGUUUUCAGACUUGCCAUCCUUGGCGACCAAUGCUUCAAUGGGCAUCACAUGACACGCAAGAGCAUCGCGAUCGUAUCUGGCAUUUGAAACUCCAGGCGUUUUCCAAACCGAUCGACUGGUAUUGGCUCCAAAAGGGACCCUUACGUGGAGCUCAGGUGGAAGACGCAGCUGUUCAGUGCUUCGACAUUGAUAUUUCCAUGUUGGCACGGUCAGGAAGUACCGUGUGCAUUGAGCCAAGAAAUUUGGCAGGCUUCUGGAAGCCUUCUACGCAGCCCCAUCGGUCCACUUUGGCUUCAACCCAGUACAUCAUUGCCGCGAUCGAUCGGGACUUGGACAUUCGCAAGCCUCUUGCAAACCUCAUGAAGGGCGACUUGAGCGGCUCAAAUCCCCUCAGCAUUGUUUGUUGCACAACGGUAGCAAUGGGCUUGAAAAACAUUGAGAACACCAUCUCGGCGAAUUAUGGUGAUGUGGCAUAUCUCUACCUACCACUCUAA